CUUAUCUCGAUUAAGAAGCGAAUGUAUCGAUAUUAUGUCAACAAUUCCGCUUAGACGAACGCUGUCCAAGAUGAGCUCCUAUCUAACUCCUCGCCAAUCUGGCGAACACAUUGUGAAGCAUGCAAAAUAUGUUAAAGUGCUGCCCGCCGGCAUUAAACGGCUUGUCAAGGAGAUUGCUGACGGCGUAGUUGCAAAACGCAUCGAUGUCGCCAAUUUCUCACAGCACGAACUUCACCCCAAGUCCAGCGAUGAGUACGCGGCCAAUUGGAUUUUCAUUGUGGACACGCUGAACUUCUGUUUCUGGACGCCACAUAACUAUACCAAGUACAAGGUCAACGGCUACACCGGCUAUUUCGCUCUAUGUGCGGCCAUUAAUCGCGCCAUGGCGGAUGGCUUGGACAUAACGAACCCAGAGUUCUACUCGAAAAUAGAUAAGGAAACGUUGUCCUCCAUAUUCCGGCCCGACGAUGCGAUCACACAGAUUCCACUGCUUGAAAAGCGUUUGGAGUGCCUACAUCAAGUGGGCAAACGUCUGCUCACCAAUUGGGAAGGACGCUUCGAGAAUGUUGUCAAGGCGGCCAACCAUUCAGCCGUGACGUUGCUGAAACUGAUAGUGGAUGAGUUCCCCUGCUUCCAAGAUCAGGCGACCUUUGCUGGCGAACGGGUGGCCAUAUGGAAACGCGCCCAAAUCCUUGUCGGCGAUUUGUGGUCCUGCUAUCAUGGCGAAGGACUUGGCCACUUCGAGGAUAUCGAAAAAGUAACCAUGUUUGCGGACUAUCGCAUACCUCAAGUUUUGGUGCACUUCGGCAGUCUGGAGUACACGCCAGAGCUGCUGGAAGUGCUGCAAAAGGACACCAUCCUGGAGAACGGCGACGCCAUGGAAGUCGAGAUACGCGGCGCCUCCAUAUACAUCAUCGAAGAAGUCAAAGAUGCAGUGCUGGAGCUGCUGAAGCAACAACAUCCAGACGUGGACGCACGCAAUGUCAACUCCAUACUCAUCGAUCAAUAUCUGUGGGACUUCAGGCGCGCCCACGCCGCCGAGCUGGAGCAUAUACCAUUCCACAAGGUGCUGAGCAUCUACUACUAAAACGAGACUAAGUUAAGUUGUUGAUUGUAAAAGCCAGAUCAUGAAAUCUUCUGCCAUUAAAGAAAUAAUCGACGCCUAAAUGAGAUA